AUGUCUCGUUUGUCCCGGGUGGAAUCUCUAGAAGAAACAAGCUUCUCCAACUCGAUCGAGCGGUCGGUUGGAGCUGCGGAUGCGACACUGCAGCAUCUCGCCUCGGCAAAGGAAACGUUUGGUGAUUUGGAAGCAGCUUAUCGGACGUUUAAACACGAGCUGGAGAUAGUCAAAACGGAACAUGCAGCCCAGCCCACUUACGUUCAAGCCAAAGAUGAAAUCGAACAUCUUACUGUUAAACUCGAGGAAUCCUUAAUUAGAAUUAGUCAACUGGAGUCCAGCUAUGAAACGGCAAUACGCGAAAGAGACGAUGUAAGAGAGGAACUCACGUUAUCCGAGCGAAGGAUUGCAGAAACAAAAUCUCUUUUGCAGAAGACUGAGGAUGCUAGUAACGAGGUUGAACAGAAGUUGGCGGCUAUGAAAAGCCAAAUGUUCAAGUACGAGGGUCAAAUUGAGAGUGCAUCAAAGCAGAAGACGAAUUUUAAAGCGGAGCUAGAAGAGGAACGAUCAAACGUCACAAGACUGAAAAGAGAGCUGGCCAAGACACAGAGUCGUUAUGAAGAGUCUCAGAGGAACUCAGAGUCAAGCAGAAAGGCGUCCGAUAAAAAGGAUGAGAUCAUCGAGGAUCUCAGAGCAUCAAUGACUGCUUACGAGCUCAAGACUGAGUCCUUGUUCAGUGAAGUUAGCAAGCUUCAAGCUCAGAUGGAGAUCAUUGAGGAAGAAAAACGAGCACUGCAAGAAGAGACGUUAGAUGCACACAAGAGAAUUCGAGACGUAACUGCCGAUAACAGACAGAACUCAGAAGAAAACGAGAAACUAAACCUUGAAAUGCAGUCGUUUUACAAGAGGUUGUCGGAGCUACAAGCGUCCUAUAACGCAUGCGAGCAUGAGAAAUACGAUUUUCAACACCAAACCAUGGCACUACAGCAACAAGUCACAAAGCUGGAGGCUGAGCUCGAAGAAGCCGUCAAUCAACGUUCUACCUGCGAAGUUAGAAUGCAAGAAUAUUCUGCUACUUACAGUGCUAUCAGCCAAGAAGCUACUUUACUUAAAACGCAGCUCAUGGAGCAACAGCGCGUAAACGACGAGCUACGUAAGGAAAUAGCAGAAAGGGAGGCAUCGUUACAACAACUUCACGAAAAACUGAACGUGUUAAACGUUGACUUCGAUGCUUGUCGAGAAGAGCUGACAAAUGUGAAGGGUAUGCGCGAAAUGGGUGAAAAGGAGAAGAAAAUGCUACACAACCAACUUAUGGUCAAGCAGGAAGAACAUUCUCGAGCGCAAGGCUUGUAUGAAACGACGCUGAAACGCAAGCAGCAGCUUGAAGCAGACUAUCUUGCAGCACAGAAAAAGAUUGCUAACAUGGAGUCUAGUUUCAAGAGGUCUGUGGCCGCUGAGAAGGCUAGAGAACUAGAUCACGAGCGUUCAAGAUCGAGUGAGCUAGCCAGAGAACUUGCGUCAUACAAGAGCAAAGUCAGUUCGCUGGAGUCCAUAUCAGCACUCACGAAGAACGAUAUACAAGGUGCUCUCGAUGAAUUAGAAGAAACAGAAAAUAAAAUGUCAAUUUUGAAACAAGAGCUAGAGGAAGCAGUUGCAAACAAGGAAGAACGAAUGCAAAAGCUGAGCAUUCUAGAGAAGAGAAACUCGGAGCUUGAACAGGAGGUAUUGGCUUGCAGGCAGGUGAAAGAAAAAGCAGAAGAGGAACUCCACAUAAUGCGUACUCGAAUCGCGAAGUAUGAAUCACAAAUCGAGACCAUGCAAGAUCAAAGGACACAGCUUAAAGACCAGCUAGAUGAGCUCAACACAAAACUUGUUUAUGACAAGGAGAACAUUAUGCGACUGGAAAGUCAAGUUACCGAAGAAAAGAAGAUAAACGAGACUGUAAACAAAGCAAUCCUCAGGAAAGAUCAACUAGUGGAAGAACUUCAAAUGAAGAUCAGAUCUGCAGAGGCUGAAUUAGAGAAGGCAAAAAGCGAGCUGAUGUCCUUUAAGGUUACAACUGAGGGAUUGCGAGCAGAGAAAAGUGAAUACGAAGGAAGGUUGACCUCAUACAAAGAGAAACUGGAACAGCGUGAGCAAGAAGUGUUUGCUCUUAGAGACUCUGUCAUGAAGUUGGAACAAGAGUUAACUACUUCUAAGUUUAAGAUUGUCAGCCUUGAGGCCCAAGUGUCGAGCCUUCAUUUUGAUAAGGAUGAAUACAAAACGCAAUGGGAAAGUUCUCAAACAGGCAUUACGAAGAUGAAAAAAGAAUUAAAAGUGUGUCAAAAUCAGGUUCAGGAAAAGAACAGAGCUUGCGAAAGUCUGAGUUUGGAGUUAAAAGAAAAAGAUAUCGCGUUGGAAAAGGCGAUUAACGACAAGGUGGCCUUGGAAACGGAGGUGACAGCUUUGCAACAGGACCUGGAUUCCUUGGGAGUUAACUAUGAAAGGAGUCAGUCAAGAGCAAAAGAGCUCGAAGAUAGCUUAGAUGAAGCUAACGCGAGCAUCUCCAGGCUUGAGUUAAGCAGUUUCCAUGAUGAAAGUGGAGAGCUGGAAAAGACAUCUUAUGAGAAGAUCUGGGAAGUUGAAGCUCUGUACAAACAAAGUGAAGACAGAGAAAGAUCACUCAGACAAAAAAUUGAUGACCACAAAAACAAGAUUAAACGACUUGAGAUGGAGAAUAAAGCGGCAUAUCAAGAAACUCUGGAGUACAGCCGCGAAAACGGAACGCUUCAGACUAAAAUACAGGAGUACGAGUUGGCUAUUGACAAGUACGACCUAGAGAAGAAAAAUCUCAAAGAGGAGCUGGUAACCUUACACGGUAAAUUGACGGACUUAGAGGUAAAAUAUGAUUAUGAAAUCCGCGAGAAGGAUUCGGUCAAACGCCAUCUUGAGAGUGCUCUUCAAAGAGUAUCGAGUAGCCAUGAUGAGUUUUUGAAGAAUGACAAACUGCUUAUAGAGCAAAGAAUCGGGGCGGACGCCAUGAAGAAAGAGAUGGACGAGAAAGAGCUUUUGAUGGACCAAUUAAGAGCUAGCAAACUCUACUUAGAGGAAAGCAUCGAAACACUGAGACACACACUAGCGGAAUCUCGCGAAGACUGUGGAAGAACGAAGCUCGAGAAAGAACGAUUACAACAGGAAAUUUUAUCCUUAACAACAUCUAAUGCUGACUAUGAAGCGCGAAUUCAAAAAGUGGCCCUUGAAAGAGACCGACUCAUAACUGAGUACCAGUCUGCUAUGGCAAAACUAGCGUCGUUUGAACAUCAAAUAAUGGAACAGGACCGUGAGAAACAAGCACUAUGUGGUAAAGUGGAAGAAUGGAAGAACAGUUCCUUGAUGCACCAAGACAGUCACAUGUCAUCUGAUCAGCAGAUUGCUAAUCUGGAAGGCACCAUCAACAUUCUUAAGACCGAUGCAAUCAAGAAAGAGGGAGAGGUUAGAGAGCUUCAAGCGAAGAACACAAACUUAGAAAUAGAGGCAGAUUCUUUCAAGAAAAGGCUGCAUACGGUAGAAGUGGAAUACAAAGAGUUGGCUGAACGGUAUCAGAGCCUUGAACUUCAAAGCAAAUCUCUUCCACGACUUCAAGCUAGUGAAAAUGCAAAUUCUGUUUUUCAAGAAAAAAUUCAAACUCUAGAAAGAGAGGUCAUGAUGCAAAGGAGAAAAAUUGUCGAGUUGGAAGCAAGCAGCCGAGCAUUUCUUGAGAAGGAAGCUGAGCUCCAAGAAAAUCUUUUUGCUGCUCGGACUUUAGAGUCUCAAUGGGAAUCGAAAUACGAUGCAAUCCAAGCAAGAAAGAGCGAAAUUGAGCAAGACCUCAUAGCGCUUCAAAAAGAAUUCACUCCGUUGAAAGAUGACCACCGUCAUUCAGUUGUUAAAUUGGAGACUGUUAAUACGGAAAUACAAGAGGCACGAAAAAAGAUAUUAAAAUUAGAAAUGGAGAUCAACAAUGCACAAAAUGCACGAAUGCAACUGGAGCAACAAGUUCAAGAGUACAUAGAAACGCUGAAGAACAGAGACGACGAACUGUUAAGUACGCAGCGAACCCUCCAAGAGGCUCGCGUGCUAUUGGAACACAAAGGCCUGGAUGGUAAAGAGUCGUCCACAGAGCACGUGGUGAAGGAGAACCAAAAGCUAGAAAAAGACAUCUUCGUGCUAAGUCAGGAGUUAAUCAGCACGCAAAGUUUGUUAACUGCUGCAACUAGGGACCGAGAUGAGGCGGAAAAAGAGGUGUUUAACAUGAAGAGGAUUGUUACAGAAAUGCAAGGAAAACUGAAUGCAUCGCAACAACAUAUUCAGGAACUCCAAAAUAGCGUCAACGUUUGCCAAAGAAAAAUGACGACUUCUGAAGAAGGGCAGCAAAAGGCAAUUAUCGAGCAAGUUACACUCAGGUCACAGCUAGAUGAGGCCAACAAAAGGAUGGUUUACAGUAAGGAAGAAUUCUUUGAAAAGCAAAGAGAGUUGUUCAGCCUCAGGGCCUUGGUUGAAAAUUACAAGAAGGAACUGGCGAAGAACGAUAGCUGGCAAAAAGAACAAAGCACCAAAAUCAAGCUCUUAGAAGAUGAACUUCGAUCGUCAAAGCUGAGAAUUGCUUGUGGGAGUGACGACUAUAACAACGUAAGCCAAGAACUAGCAAGGCUGAAGCUACAGCUUGACGAGAAAGACAAGUGUAUAUUAGUAACCGAAGAGAACAUCAAGAAACUACUUGAAGAAAAUAACAAGCUGCGACUUGAAUUAUCUGACAGUCAGGUUCUCGAAUCGAUGCACAAGCAGAAUUUAAACGAUUCAAAACACAAAGCCGACUUCCUUCAAGAAGAAAUCAUGUCUUUGCGUCAGAAGAUGUCAUACUUAGAAGCUCAGAACUCUACAAAAGAGGAAGAGCUUCGAGAUAGCAAGAAGGAAUUACUGGCCUUAAAGAGAAGUAAUUUUGGAAUCAAGUCUAAAUACGAAUCACUUCAACGACAGACCCGGGAAUUACGGGAGGAAUUAGCGAUGGCUAAAGCAAAGCAAAGCAUUGUCCAACACGACGAAUCCACCGUGUUAACCGAGAAGACAUUUGGACGUAUCGAAGAAUCUGUUUCAAGACACCAAUCGUCUUUCAUUUGGAAAAACGAAGAACAUGUGCGCGAGAUUUCUCGAUUUGAGGAGAAAGUACUUGAUCUCGAAUCCAAGCUAUCUGAAGCAAGAAGACAGCAAGAAAAGCUCGAGUGUGAGGCGAUUUGGAGAACAAGAAGGAUUGAAGAUCUAGAAGGGCGGAUAUUGAAAAAUACUAAACAGCAGGACUACUCUGACGGGAAUAAUUUACAACUGAAUGUGGAAACUCUCCAGCAGGAACUUAACGCUUCUAAGAACACAAUCAUGCGGUUGGAAGAAUACCGCGACUCUUGCGAAAAGAAUAUAGAGGUUACGGAAGAAAAGCUUCGCUUAGCUGAGCAGAAAGCCCUUCAAAUGGAGUCAGCUUACCUUUCGAGCCAGGAAAGUUGCGAUUUCGUACACAAAAAAUUUCUCGAAACUCAAAAAAGAUUAUCUGUAAUAGAAACAUCUCCUCAGCGCCGCGAAUCGCUAGAUGAUGUACUGAAAGGACUGCUAAGGCAAGAAGAUGAAGUGAAGAGAUUGAUAGACGAGGCCAGAAGAAGUAAUGGCAACUUAAGAGAGGAACUUGAGAAAACCGAGAGAACUAGAAAAGAAUCUGAAGUUAUGCUAGCAGAAAAUAAAGCUACCAAUAGCCUUCAAAUGGACAGGCUUAAGACGGAGCUUUCACAAUUUAGAGAUGAUUACCAGCGAAUAUACAAGGAGAAGCAAAAUCUGUCUGCUGAUUUUCAAAAACUCGAGCUGCAAAUCUCUUGCUGGGAAAAAAGCUACCAUGACAUAAAGCAAGAGAAUGGUGAUCUGCACUUCCAACUUAGCGUUUUGCAACAACGUUUCUCCCAGCUACAAGAAACCACAGGAAUUGUGAAACAGGAAAGUCGCUAUGUUAGCUCCGCUGAUGUCACUCCACAAAGUAGCGAAAUGCAGCAACUCAAGGAAGACAAAGGAAAGCUGAACGGCGAAGUAGCGUCCCUCAACAUAUUGCUUUCAUCUUAUAAGGAGAAACUUGAUUCACUUCACUCAGAAAAGUUACAGUUACACGUUAAACUUGAGGAAUCCAAAAAGAAAAUGUUUAGUCUUGAACAAACCAACAGUACCCUCAUCGCUGAGAAGAGUCGACUCGAACAACAGGUCUCCAUUGCAAACAAGGUAAGCGACGUGGGUCUGAAAGAACUAGACAGAGAGAAGGAGACCGCAAAAAUGUUUGAGCUUCGAAUCGAUUUGGAGAAGGUCUCAAAAGAGAGGGAUUAUCUACAGCACAUGCUUGAUGGUUUGCAAAAGCAAUUUUUGGAUUAUAAUUUGAAUGACGGAAUCCACACCUCGCUUGAGAUUGACAGCCGCAUUGAUAGUUAUAGGCGGGAGAUCGAUGAGAAAAAUGUAAUGAUUGACAACCUUCGCACGGAGACUGUACAACUACAAGCGGGAAUUGAGAGCACCAAGAAAGAACUCGCCGAAAAGUCAUUUCUCUCUGAGAGGCAGAGCUUCCAGGUAGAAGAAUUUAAAAAGGAAGCAGAUUCGCUGAGAGCUGUGCUUGCUGAGAACGUGAAAGAAAACGGAACUUUGAAAUUGAGGCUGAACGAUAUUUGCAAGGAGCGGGAUUUCCUCUUUAAGAACAAGUGUUCGUUAGAGUAUGACCUGUCAGUUUCAAGGAGGAAGAUGUCUGAAGCCCAGAAUCUUGCCAUGACUGGAAACUCUAGAAAGGAUCAAGAGCUUUCCAUUGUGCAGAGCAAAUACGCCAAACUGGAAAACGACUUCAAAGAAGUCAAGCAGCAAAAUGAGACAAUGAAAUUAGAAAUGGAACUACAAAUAAAAACAGAACUCUGGAGUAAACAGGAAUGUAUCUACGAGCUGGAAAAAGAAGCCAGAAAACUAAAGGCAGAAAAUGAUUAUCACGAACGAGUCAUGGAGGAGAAGAACACCAACUUGAGCAAACUGCGCUUGCAAAUAGCGUCCUCACAAAAGGAAAUCGGAAAACUAGAAAAGGAACUUUUCGUGACUAAAGAAGCUUACGAGAAAUCCGAACGACGGAUGAGAGAAAUAUUCAAAUGUGAACACGAGCUGCUGACAAUUGAAGAUCUUCGCUCUCUUGUUAGCUCCUCACCAGUUCUGAGUGUGCGCAGUUUGUCCGUAGCGGAACACAGCUUCACUGGUAGAAGAGUAACCGAGGACCAUAGCUUAAGCUUAAGCAGUAUUCAUCCCAGUUUUAAAUCACAGUUGAAGUAGACAAGCUUGAUCUUAGAAAGAGACUGGGCCUAUCGAUGUGAAUUUCGCUAAUAAGUACAGAUUCAGAGAAAUCUUUCAUGAACUUACAGAACGAAAAGGGUGUGGCAAACAAUUUUUGGAAUUAAUAGUUGUUACAAUGUUUUUUUUCAUAAAUUUAAAUACGACAUGUGAUUAAGUAUCUCAUAAAUGAGAUUCGUGCUAGCGCAGUGUUAAACAGAAACCGACUGAAAGUCUUCAAGACUUAGAGCAAUAGGAAUUUUAGACUAGUCCAAAUGAAGUCACUGUCUUAGCUCGGAUACGAACUGAUUUUUUUUGGAAACUUUUAAUUUCGUCUGAAUACGUUCAGAUUUUGCUAAGCUACAAUUUGUCAGGCGCAAGUAUCAGGCUACUGAUGUAUAUGAUGAACUUUGAUCAACUGACUUAAUCAUUUAUCAACAAAAAGUGUGUUCCUUGAUUUGAACUCGUAAAUCAAAGGCGUCCUCUAAAACAGUUUGCGCCGUUAUGUCUACAGCGAUUCUAUGUUUACUUUUGUUUGAGGUAGAGAUAUGUAACGGUUUUCAAGGUAAUAAAUAUUUUACAAAGUAAAACUGUACGUUUUUUGUGCAGUUGUACCGAAAAGUUGGAUUGAAAACAACUUGGAGAUUGUCUUGAUUUACCUCCAAAUUCUCACCUCUGAAAGCAAAAGAAAUGUGUGGCAAUGAACAACAAGAAUUUAUAACCCAACUAAGCUAAUGCUUUCCAGCUAAUCUCUCUCUCUUUUUUUCCCUUCCACAGCCUCUUCCCUCUUUCCUCUCCCUAUACCUGUUUUACUUACUGUAAUGUCAUUUCUCGGGCACAGAUUCUGGCGGACGAAAUUCUUCUGACUUUGACCUUUUAUGAAACUGGGACGGAUUCAGACUAGUCUCUUGAGCUGCGCUGCCGUCACGCAACCUUGCGUGACGACCCAAGUUAUAGCUGCGAAGGCUACUCGAUUCAAACUGCUCUGUUGCGUAUCAUCCCCAUUGUUCGUCAACUGUCUUUAGGUUAUUUUUCAGUAUAAUCAACUUCGAUAAAUUGCAUGUUUUAAAAGCACGAAAAACGUUUAUUUAUUUCAUACCGGCUACAAAUACUACAAUUUUAUAACGCACCGCCCUCUUCUAUGCGGACGAAGCACUUUGAUUCCUUGAUCGGAAACAGCGUGCAGUACAAACUUAAAGAUAAUGGCAUUCACAGAUGCACCCACUGCUUACAAACCAGUGAAUCGCACUGGACAAGCGUUCAUAUAACAUGGAAAUAUACGCACAAGUUUUGCUUUCGCUGCAACUAACUACUAACUGUUAAUCAAACAAUCGUGCCAUAGAGUCUAACUAUAAAAUUAAGACAUGAUGAUAGAUGCGAAUGCAGCCAUAACCCUUCUGGAAAAAAGACCUGAAAAAAAAUUUCAGGCUUUGAACGGGACUAGAACCCUUUAUGUUCAGUGGACGUAACACUCGCACUCGGCUCGAGUGUGUGAAUUCCAUAGUAAUAGAUGUCCAACAGUAGCAAAGGUCGUGGGUUCGAAUCCCGUUCAAAGCCUGAAAAUUUUUUCAGAUCUGUUUUUCCAGUAUUGUUAUGGUUGUAUUCGCAUCUGUCAUGUCUGCAUUUAAUUGUCACUGUUAGACAUCUAUCAAUAUAAAAUUAAGGUUUAAAACUUAAAAACGAAAGCUAGAUAUGCGAUUUUUCUAGCUUAAAGGCUUUGUAACUUUCUAAAAUUAAGAACAACACUACCAAUCCACACUGAUUUUGACGAUUGCAGCGAAAAAAAAGUCUCUACGUAAAAAUAUCUAGCGUGACACAAAACUAAGGAUGUCUGCUCAUGUAAAGCUACAAUCCCGGACAAAAGUUGGGACUGUUGAGCUGGAUCACGUAUCCCCCAUCCCCCUUAAUCAAUGUUGGAAAAUGUGGGGUUUUUUUCCAACAAAAAGGGAAAAAAUCACCUGAUUAUCAAUAUUGUAAGUGGGGGGAGGGGAGAACUUCGUGUCCCAACUUUUUUGUCUGCCGGGGAUUAUAGCUACAAUCGGCGACAAAAUUGUUCACAGAUUCAUUUUUUUAACCCCCUAUUUCGCCACUGUGAAUCCUUUUUCCCACUCGCUUGUCCUUUUCAACCCUCCUCCCUCCAAACAAUGUUAUGUGGCAAUUGCUGUGAUCUUGAGCUACAAACAAGCAACAUUGAGUGAGGGAGCGGGGUCUUCUCCACAGUUUAUUGAGCGAUGAAAAGAGUGGUGUUAUUUGGUGCACUAAAAGUACUAUUGAAAGACAAUGUGUCAAAUAAUUAUGUCGCCGAUUGUAGUCGGACAAAAUAUCAGUUCCAUGAUUGCCCCAUCUAAUUCUGCUCGCUCUGCUGUACACCACUGCUUUUGUUUCAAUAUGUAGACCUGAGGGAUGGAAGAAAGUGCUCCAACUAUCCCAUGUCUCAGGACAUUGCCACAAAUAAACAUAACAAAACAAUGCUUAAGUUAUCAAGAGAGUCGAAGCGAACUAUGCAAAAUGUAGUUAAAAACAAAAGCUUAACAAGAAAACCUCCAGGUUCAAACAGCACAGCCUGUAUUAGUACUGUUUCCCGAUACCUUUCACGAAAAGUCGACAAGAGUUUUCAUUUCCUUGACCUCUUUUUCGUUCAAGUUUUAUCACAAACGAGGGCACUUUUAGUAUGUCCACAGAUCCUCUAUUUUUGUCUUGAGUUCGUCAAGGUCGAAAGCUUAGCAAAAUAUUAACUCAGCGCAUUGCAUAUAAACAAGCCAAAAGGCAAGAGGGUGGGAAUGGGGAAUAACUCUGGGGACAGACUAAGGCACUUUUCCACCCACACACCAGGAAGAUUAAGGCCGACUAAAAACUGAAGUCCAUGUAUCUCUGUCCUAUGCCAACAGAUAUUGGAGUAUAAGCUUUUUUUUAAAAGAAAAAAAAAACGGAUAUUGCGCGCGUGAAAAUGGCGUGUAACCUUGACAGAAAGCUAAGUACUUCACCGAACCUGGUGAUCGUUAUGAAAAUCAAGACUGAUAGCAUAGAGAGGUUUUCAUUUGAGCGCCGAAAACUAUUUGGUUUUGAAUCAACUACGCUAUACCACUGGCUUAAAAACUCGCGUCACGUUUUCGUCCAAUCAGAAGAUAAACCAAAACAAAUCGUCGUAACUCGCUAACACAAGUUUUCCCGCGCUUUGCAGCAGCCACAUGUAAUUACUUCGAGUUUUGAUUGGUCCACUGGACUCAGUCUGUGUCACUUUUGAUUUUGCCAGAGUGAAUACUUGGGUUUUGGCUUAACGACACUCGAUUGAAAACCGCUCCAUACUAAGGAAUAUAGUUAAACUCCCAAUACGGAAUUGUUUACUCAAUUUUGAAGCUAACGUGAGAGAUGGUUCAAUUACCUAGCCAGCGAUUCUCGGAUUAACAUUAGCAACUGAAAAAUACGUUCUAAGAGCCGUACCACGUGAUCAAAGUGAAACUGCUAAAAGCACAGGCUUCAAAGAACGCUGAUUAAGCAUAAAUACGUCAGUUAUAGUCCCUUUCUCAAAAUCUACCAAAAUAAAAUGAAACAAAAAUAAGCGACAAAAGUGUUGAGACGCUUGGCAGUAAAAAUUCUAUUUUCAAGCGUCUUGGCAACAAUUCUCCCCCCUUUCCCCUUCCCCCUUCCCCCCUUUAAGUUGUCGAUAAUGUUUAGUUGUCGAAAACAAAUAGUUGUCGACAACUAAGUGUCUGGUCUGUUCUACGGUUAGGCCUACCGUCCA